AUGGCUCCAGAAGAUUCUUUUUCUUCAGCUCCGUUAUCUAUCUCUCAAGUUGUGACUCUCAAACUUACAGAGUCCAACUAUCUUCAAUGGAAAAAUCAGUUCGAGUCUUUCCUUUCUCCUCAAAUGUUACUUGGUUACGUUAAAGGUUUGAUUCCUCGUCCAGCGUCAACACGGUCAGUCACUGGUGUAGAAGGAGUCACUGAAGAACCAAAUCCAGAGUUUCUCAAAUGGGUUCGCAAUGAUCAACUGGUCAUGGCAUGGACGUGGAUCUUGGGGUCUCUUUCUGAAGCAGCCAUCAGAGUCGUCUACGGUCUGCAGUCUGCUCAAGAGGUAUGGUCUGCCCUCGCUAAGAAUUUUAAUAGGGUGUCCACCUCUAGGAAGUUUGAACUGCAGAAUAAGUUGGGAGCUUGUCUUAAGUCUGGUAGAUCUAUGGAGGACUACCUUAGUGAGCUCAAACAAGUGUUUGAUCAACUUGAUUCAAUAGGUUUUCUUAUGAGUGAUUUGGAAAAAAUUCAUGGCUUACUGUUUGGUCUUGCUAAGGAAUAA